GAAGUUUUCGCCCACAGAACAUAUUCUUUUGUUUUCAGGCUGGUUUCAUUCGUCCUCGACAAACUCGUGCUGCGAGGUGGCUGUUGCAUCAUAUUAUCAUGCAGUCUCCCAUCAUCCAAGCACCACACCAAGUAUUAAGCAUACUACACAGCAGGACCCACAACAGCAAUAGCUUGGACGCAUGCUUAGAGGGUCUCAUUAAAGUGGAACUAAUACACCACAAUAACUCUCAUCUCAGAACAAGAAUCUACUUUUCCAAUCUGUUGGAGUACUCUCAAUAUUUUUGGGCCAUUGGGUAUAACAUCACCGCACUCCUGACGGCUACCACUACUACAAUCUACUUACCACUACUCGUUCUAUUACUACUACUGGAAGAAGAAGAAGAAGACAGCAUGGGCGGAGGAGGCAAUACUGGCAUGAAGAAGCAGCAGAGAUGUUCGUCGUGUCAUUCCUUGACAAGUCUGUGCAACGAGAACAAGAUGAAGCACUGUCAAACACAGACAAAGCCAGAGUUGGAACCCACGGCCCUCUUUCUCUCGUCGUCUCCUACCAGUGUCAGUGCUUUGGGAGCAUCAACACAAGUACCACAAGAACGACUCUACCUGCCUCGCGUGGGUACGGCGCCCUGUUCGCUCGAUGUCUACUUGCAAUCCAUUCCCAGUGUGGCAUCCCGCAGUCAACAGCUGUCAUGCUUGUCAAGCAAAGACAACAAUCAGAACAACAACAUGUCGACGCAACGCUGCUUAAAUGUCUUGCAAGGCGAAGUGGCUCAUGCCACUCCCGCUCAAACCGACGUCUUGGUCAGUGCCGAAGCGACCACGUGUCAUAUUGUCGCCUUGCGAUCGACCCAAGGCCCCGACAGUGUCCCACUGGGUAGCAUUGCCCAUGUCGAUCAAGCACAAGUCUACAAUGAUUGUCUCGAGAAAAUGGUACAAGAACACAUUCAACACCACAUCAAACAACAUCAGCAACAACACGACGACGACUUUGGAUUCUUUAUGGAAGACGACGAUGAUGAUAGUGACUGUGACGACGACAGUUACUGUGACAACCAUCACAAUCACCAUCACAACCAUCAAAGCACCAGUUCCUUUUUACCACCUCAAGUCGCUCCUCCUCCGAAACGUCGUCACAGUUCACCUAACGAUACGAUAAAAAUGGAACUUCACAUUGCCGGAGGAUACCUCGAUGACGAAGGAACGUCACAGUCCAUUAGCGACAAUCUCGUACGGACAUUUUCCGAUUUGGCACUCAAAUAUGAAGAUCAGAUUCAAAUGUCACUCAGCACCGCCAUGAUUUCCUCCAUGAACACUACUACUUUGACUACUGACAACCAAAAGAAGGCACCAUGCAGUCGCGGAUUGGCACUCAACACACACACCGGCCUUGUGACACCCAUUGCCACUUCGUUGCCACACGAAUUGGAAGGACCCGCUGUGGAAGUUCGCAGUGCCCGGUUGUGGAGUCAACAACGAACUCCAUCUCUCGCCGUCAUUCACACGGCCGAUAGUGUUGAUGGGAACAUUACCAUUGAUCCAUUCCCGUAUCAACCGCAACCCCAACUCAAUGCCUUGUUGCGGGUCGAUGAUACGACCCUCCUACAAGUGGCAUCCACGUCGCCCCAGUGCGAAUCGGAACGAUUUUGCAGUGAUCUCCGACGGACCCUCAGUUUUGUCAAUACCGUACCCGCUUCUCGGGUCUUUGGGGGUAAAGAACAAGAGCCACCACGACCGCUCGUCUACAGUCGAUCGGCCAAUACACUCAAUCAGUGGGAACCAACCACCAGACGACCGCGAUCGGCCACCGUGACGGCGCCGUAACUGCAUAAUUGCCUCAGUUGUGGUGUGGUGGUGGUUCACUUGUUAUUUUUCAUCCAAUACCACAUAGUCACAGUUUUCCCCGUCAACGACGACAAACAUUUAUUUGCACAUGCAUGGACUCCCAAUUCAACAUCAACAAGCCAGUGGUACCUACCGUAACUCUUUGCUGGCUGCUGUACAUUCAUACAUUACAUCCAAGGAUCCAAUAGUUUUGACAUUAUUUUGAACAAUGCACUCAUAUAUAUAAAGUAGAACCUCUCUUAUUUUGG